AUGAACACAAUGUACCUACGCCAGUCAAGGCUUCCAUCCUUUUCAAUUCUUCGGCGGGGGUUCAAUCAUUCUGCUACAGCCUUUAUCAGAGUUGGCGAGACGAUCCCGAAUCUUGAUUUACUCGUCGAGGACUCUCCAGGCAAUAAAGUUAACCUAUGUGAAGUUAUUGGUAGCAAGAAGGCUUUGAUUAUUGGGGUUCCGGCCGCCUUCAGCCCUUCAUGCUCUAAUUCGCACAUCCCUGCAUACAUAAAGCAUCCUAAGCUGAAGAAUGCCGGAAAAGUUUUCGUUGUUUCUGUUAAUGACCCUUUUGUAACCAAAGCAUGGGCUGAUCAACUCGACCCAACGAAAACUUCUAGUAUUCGCUUUCUAGGUGAUCCAACUGCUAGAUUUACAGAAGCAAUCGAAAUGAAUUUUGACGGAAGUGCAAUUUUCGGCGGCCAGAGAAGCAAGCGUUAUGCUCUCAAAAUCGAAGAUGGUAAGGUUUCGAAAGUUUACUGUGAGCCAGACAACACAGGCCUCGACGUGACUACUGCCGAGAAGGUACUAGGCUAA